CGGCCCCGGCCGCCCCACGGCUCCCCCUCGCCGGAGCCCCGGCCCGAGGAGACAGAUGACAGUGGCAUUGCCUGCGUAGGAUCUGCUGGCCGCAUCUGUGCUGCUAGAGGAAGGGGAGCUGUGUUCAUGCCCAGACUUCCUGAGUAACAGAUCCUCCAGUCGCUCGAUGGGGAUCGUCCGUGCACCUGCUGUGUCUGUCGCCUCCCCACCACACUGCAGCAAGAAGAGCGCCUUCAGCACCUCUUCCGUAAUGAUGAUGAAACUGGUAUUAACUGAAUGGCCAUUAUGGAUUUUUAACUCUAACUUGCAGUAAGCCAGCCAGCCAUAUGUCCAAAGUCCAGCCAGAAGCCCUCGCGCUCCACUGCACGCCUCAAGCGACGGCAAGCCUGAGAUCGCUGGCCGAACCGAGAGCAGCACUGGUGUCACCUGCCUGAGGAACGCCCGAAGCGGAGAGAGAAGACGUCGUAAUUUAUCAUUGAAGAUAUAUGUUAGUGUUAUUUAUGUAGGUAGAGUAAAUAUAUAUCGAGAUAUAUAUAUACACACAUAUCUAUUUUUCGGGGGUGAUGAGAAUGGCUCCGCAGAAUGCCGACUCCGAGUCUAUGCAAGUUCAGGAGCUGCCCGUGUCCGUGCCGGAGCUGCAUAAGGCAGGGCGCCCAGAGGCCGAGCCCCGCGACGAGACCCUCAGCGAGGGCUCCAUAGACCGCAUCCCCAUACGCCUGUGGGUGAUGCACGGGGCCGUCAUGUUUGGCAGGGAGUUCUGCUACGCCAUGGAGACCGCGCUGGUCACACCCAUCCUGCUGCAGAUUGGCCUCCCAGAGCAGUACUACAGCCUUACCUGGUUCCUGAGCCCCAUCCUUGGUCUCAUCUUCACCCCACUCAUCGGUUCUGCGAGCGACCGCUGCACACUGAGCUGGGGCCGCAGGCGCCCCUUCAUCCUGGCGCUGUGUGUGGGCGUGCUCUUCGGCGUGGCACUCUUUCUCAACGGCUCGGCCAUAGGACUGGCCCUUGGUGACAUCCCAAGCCGGCAACCCAUCGGCAUUGUCCUCACUGUGCUGGGGGUGGUGGUCCUGGACUUCAGUGCUGAUGCAACCGAGGGCCCGAUCCGCGCCUACCUGCUGGACGUGGUGGACAGCGAGGAGCAAGACAUGGCCCUCAACAUCCAUGCCUUCUCGGCCGGCCUGGGUGGUGCCAUUGGCUAUGUGCUGGGCGGGCUGGACUGGACGCAGACCGUGCUGGGCGACUGGUUCCGCACGCAGAACCAGGUGCUCUUCUUCUUCGCGGCCAUCGUCUUCACGGUGUCGGUGGGCCUGCAUCUGUUCAGCAUCAAGGAGGAACAGUACAACCCUCAGCAGGACCGCAGCGCCACCGACGAGGCCAGCGCCCCCCCUGGCGAGCAGCACGGCCCCCUGUUCCCGGACGAGGUGCAGUCAGAACACGAGCUGCCACUGGACUACCUGGCCGUGGACAUGGUGCGCAGCCAGAGCGACUCCGUGCUGCAUGUGCCAGACGCGGCACUGGACCUGGAGCCCGAGCUGCUCUUCCUGCAUGACAUCGAGCCGUCCAUCUUCCACGAUGCCUCCUACCCCAGCACACCCCGCAGCACCAGCCAGGAGCUCUCCAGGACCAGGCUGCCUCGCCUGUGCCCGCGGCUCCGGGAAGGCGCCAGGGAGGACGACACCCUACUCGACCACCACGCGCAUGAUGCCAAAGUCCCCAAUGGGAGCAGCUCCCCACCGGUGGAUGCCCUUGGCCGGAAGCCCCCAGCGGGUCCGGGCUCCAUGAGGCGACGGCGACACGUGUUCCGGCGGCAAGCUUCCAGCACCUUCUCCUACUAUGGCAAGAUCGGCUCCCACCGCUACCGGCACCGGCGGGCCAACGCUGUGGUCCUCAUCAAGCCGUCGCGCAGCAUGAGCGACCUGUAUGACUUGCAGAAGCGGCAGCGCCAGCGCCACCGGCACCAGAGUGGGGCCACCACCUCCAGCGGGGACACGGAGAGCGAGGAGGGCGAGGGCGAGACCACCGUGCGCCUGCUCUGGCUCUCCAUGCUCAAGAUGCCCAAAGAGCUGACGCGCCUCUGCCUCUGCCACCUGCUCACCUGGUUCUCCGUCAUUGCCGAGGCUGUGUUCUACACCGACUUCAUGGGCCACGUCAUCUUCAAAGGGAACCCCAAGGAGCCGUCCAACUCGACAGCCUGGCACAACUACAACGCCGGUGUGAAGAUGGGCUGCUGGGGCCUGGUCAUCUACGCUGCCACCGGUGCCAUCUGCUCAGCCCUGCUACAGAAGUACCUGGACAGUUAUGACCUGAGUAUCAGGGUCAUCUACGUCCUGGGCACACUGGGCUUCUCCGUGGGCACAGCCGUCAUGGCCAUCUUCCCUGACGUCCACGUCGCCAUGGUCUGCAUCAGCACCAUGGGCAUCGUCUCCAUGAGCAUCUCCUACUGCCCCUACGCUCUGCUGGGCCACUACCACGACAUCAAGGAGUACGUUCACCACAGCCCUGGCAACUCGAAGCGUGGAUUCGGCAUCGACUGCGCCAUCCUCUCCUGCCAGGUUUACAUCUCGCAGAUCCUGGUGGCAUCUGCCCUUGGGGGCGUGGUCGACGCUGUGGGUACCGUGCGUGUCAUCCCCAUGGUGGCCUCCGUGGGCUCUUUCUUGGGCUUCCUCACAGCCACGUUCCUGGUGAUCUACCCCGAGGUGUCAGAGGAGGCCAAGGAGGAACAGAAGGGCCUGUCACCUACGCCGGCUGGCGAGGGCGGGACUAACAGGGGGGACCCCGAGAGGCCCACGGUGCUGAAGCUGUCACGGAAGGAGGGCCUGCAGGGCCCCGUGGAGACUGAGUCAGCAGUCUGAGCCACACACGCCUUCUCACACAUUCCACGCUCGGGCGGCUUGCGGGCAGAGAGUGGCUGCUGGCAGAUGCAGCCACUGUGCCUCGGGCAGUGCCCGCCGGGCCCCCUGCCCAACACCACAGGGGUUUGGUAGGUGUAGACUAGGUUCGAACCACCAGGCAACACCGCCACACUUCAUGACUUUGUCCACAAUCGAAAGAAAUCAUUUCCAGUCCUUUUUUGAGAAAGAUGCUUUAAUUUCCACUCUUUCAUUCCACAGGUGUUAUUCUGCAUGUUUUUUUUCCCCCCAGAUUGUCAAACAUUUGCAACUUAGGCCCACAAGCAGUUCAGAACAAAACAGUCAGAUUUUGCAUUCCCCAAACUCGAGUCAAACAAGAAGUUGUUGACAUCGUCAGCCCCAGCCCAUGCAAAUGUCUGGAGCCGUGGAGGCGGCCACGACGACGACGGACGAUUUCCGUCCUCUAGCUCGCCUGGCAGUGGUGCCUGAGCUCCCCCCAGGGCUCCUCCGAGGGGCGAGCAGCCGCCCCCUCACCCUUCAAGUCGGACAGCUUUCAAGCCCAGGGCGGCCCACACCAAAGCUGGAGGUGGCCACAGGCCGGGACUCAAAGCUGUCUGGCACCUGCUUAUGCCAGCACGUCUCUUUCUGGGGCUACUUCCCCUGCUAUUGCCCUUGGACUGCCUCCCCCCGCCGCGCGGGGACCCCUGGGCACGGGGCUCCCGGUGGGCACGGCUACCUCAGUGUAUGCGGCCGCGGCGUGGACGAGCAGGGCCGGCUGCCUGCCCGCGGCGCGGACACGGACUGCGUCGGACACUUGACACUUGCUGCCUCAAGUUGAUGUUUUUAAAUAAAGUUCUUUCAAACGCACGGGAAUCAUGCUGUCGGGUGGUUCAAAAGCUGAGAUGUAUACUGGCAGAGAUCUAUAUUUCGAGAUGACACUGAGCUGUUUUUCAAUAAAGUACUUGAACUUCCUGUGUCGGAAGGAA